CUCGCCCGCGCCUAUAAGGACCCGGGCCCCACCCGCGCCGUCCCCGCCGCCAUGGAGGCUAUCAAGAAGAAGAUGCAGAUGCUGAAGCUGGACAAGGAGGACGCCAUCGACCGCGCCGAGCAGGCCGAGGCCGACAGGAAGGCCGCGGAAGACAAGCGCCUGCGGGUGGAGGAGGAGCUGACGCACCUGCAGAAGAAGCUCAGUGGGACCGAGGACGAACUGGACAAGUACGCGGAGGACCUGAAGGAGGCGCAGGAGAAGUUGGAGCUCACGGAGAAGAAAGCGUCGGACGCCGAGGGAGAUGUGGUGGCUCUCAAUCGACGCAUCCAACUUGUGGAGGAGGAGUUGGACCGGGCUCAGGAACGACUGGCCACCGCCCUGCAGAAACUGGAGGAAGCAGAAAAGGCUGCAGACGAGAGUGAGAGAGGAAUGAAGGUGAUAGAAAACCGGGCCAUGAAAGAUGAGGAGAAGAUGGAGAUCCAAGAGUUGCAGCUCAAAGAGGCCAAGCACAUUGCUGAGGAGGCUGACCGCAAAUAUGAGGAGGUAGCUCGUAAGUUGGUCAUCCUGGAGGGCGAGCUGGAAAGGGCAGAGGAGCGUGCGGAGGUGUCUGAACUAAAAUGCGGUGACCUGGAAGAAGAACUCAAAAAUGUCACUAACAACCUGAAAUCGCUCGAAGCUGCAUCUGAAAAGUAUUCUGAAAAGGAGGAUAAAUAUGAAGAAGAAAUUAAACUUCUGUCUGACAAACUGAAAGAGGCUGAGACCCGCGCUGAAUUUGCAGAGAGAACGGUUGCAAAACUGGAAAAGACCAUUGAUGACCUGGAAGAAAAACUUGCCCAGGCCAAAGAAGAGAACGUGGGCUUACAUCAGACACUGGAUCAGACGCUAAAUGAACUUAACUGUAUAUAACCAAAAACGGAAGAGUCUUGUUGCAACAGAAACUCCAGUGUCAUUCCCUUUGCCUUGUAAGAAGUCUCUUUUGUUACUUCGCUUUGCUGGAAAUGUCAAGCCAAUUAUGAAUACAUGACCAAAUAUUUUGUAUCAGAGAAGCUUUGGGCACCAGUUUAAUCUACCCCCCCCCCUUUUCUGAAUGGCACUAGCUUUUUCAGCUCUAUUUUUAUCCUUAAGUUGCAUUUAUUUCUAAGAUAAGGCAGGGUAUUUCAUAUUGAGCGUAUUCUCAUGAGACCGAGGUCCGCUUUCUGGGAGAACAGUCAACACACUUUGAAGAACAUAGGAUUCUAAUAUCUAGUAAUGGGUUUAAAAUGCUAAAAAAUAUAUACUCUCUGGGUCACCACUGGCCAAACAACAGGAGGCUAGGGACCAUCACAGUAAAAUGGGUGGGGAUUUUCCAUCCAGAGCAAAAAAUAAAAAAGGCUUUGUUGGGAAGUCAUAAACCACAGCUAGAUUAACCUAGUCAUUCCUGGCCCUCCUCCAUACUCCACUGCAGAACAAACAUCCUCUGAGCCAUCAGGACGAGAAUGCCUGGGAAAUGGUCAUAAUAUUUACUCAUGUAUUUUCUGGACACAUCCUGAAUGUUAUGCUCUUCCACAUAUCCCAUUCUAAAGUGGUUCUCUGGUGAGUGGUUCUCUUACUUUAACAAUGGCCCAUGCUUGUCUGUUCUGAUAUAAGACUGAGCACUCGGCAGGAACAUGCUGUUUAGACCUGUCCAGCUCAGCCAUAUUCAGAUGACUGCUUGCCAUCAAACUGAGCAAAACAACUGUUCUCUAUAAAAAAUACAGGGCAGCAAAGUAGAGAUCAAAAAGUAAUCGGUUUAGCUUCAUCUCCACACUUCAGGGAAUGUCAAAUUGAAGAUUUUCUUAUCUAGGACUUGAAUUCCUUCUUCGGGACCAAGUUAAUAAAAGUUCAAGAAACUCCUGAUGAAACUGGAGAAUUUUGUAGGCAGAGGCUGCGUGUCUUGGUUUUGUUGUAGUUUUGCUUUCUCAUUUAACAUCUCAGAGCUGAAACAUUCCAUAUUCCCCAGCAGUGUGGGGGCCAACUCAAGUUUACAAUUCUGACCAAAAACCACCCUGCUUCUAGCUUAUCUGAAUCCCCUGCCCCUCACUCCUAUUUAUUAAGCAUCACACUACCCAGGAGAUACACUAGCAAAUUGUGCAAAUGAAUAAAAUCCACACUCUAGAUUCUUGCAGCUGUAUCAUAUGUAAUAGUACCACUUUUUCUACAUUUUGGUCAAAUAAAUUUUUACAGAAACUAC